AUGGAUGUUCGGUAUAAACCUAAUCUCAAGACUGAAGAUGCUAUAGAUUAUUCCCUUGGGACAUGGAGCCUUCUAGAGACUAUUUGCGCUUUAAUUUUGAUAAUUGGCACAUACCUUGUCUUGGUUUUGAAACUCCUACCGGCGUUUAUGAAAAAUAGACAACCGUAUAAAUUGAAAGGGCUGUUGAUUUGCUACAAUAGUUUUCAAGUGGUCUAUUCCAGUUAUCUGGUUAUAAUAUACACAUGGUAUGUAGUGAGACAUGGAAUCUUCACAACGAAGUGUCCACGGGGCGAGCUAUUGAAAUCGGUCAUCCGAGACAUCUUCCCCUACUUUCUAGCGAAACAGAUAGACUUACUAGACACGGUGUUCUUCGUCUUACGGAAGAAGGACAACCAGGUGACCUUCCUCCACGUGUACCACCACAGCAUCAUGGUCACUUGGGCCUGGCUGUACUACGUGCACGAGCCAUCAGACCAUUUCGUAGUCGUGGGCCUGAUAAAUAGCUUUGUACAUGUGCUGAUGUACGCUUACUACGGAUUGGCGUCCAUGGGUCCGCGUUUCACCAAGUUCAUUUGGUGGAAGAAGCAUUUGACGAAGAUACAGCUUAUCCAGUUCAUCCUGGUCGUGACUGAUUUGCAUUUCCAGCAGAAGUUAACACCAUGUCCCAUUCCUUCGUUCUUCCACUACUUCUGCAUACACCGCGUCGUUCGGACGCGUCACGGGUUGGGCUGCCGAUUUCCGGCAUUCCACGCGAGUGUGCCAAUCCAUUCAGUAAGGUCGAGACGAGCGGCCCGCGAGAAAAUCGAAGAUAAUACUCCUAAGGUUCUCAGCUAUGCGGGAGAGCCUCUUGUGAUAGUGCGGAAG